GUCACUGGCAAAGUGCAUUCAGCUGAUUGCAACUGUUAAAGCAAGUCACUGAGCAUGCGUACAUGUCAUACGGGAGAGUUCCAAUCAGGGGUGGAUAACACCUUAUAGGAAAGCCCUAUAUGUAUGUAUGGAUCGUCUGUAAAAUCAUUCUAAGUUACAGAGCAGUAUAUAUUAAAGUUAGAUAAGGCCGGUUUAUGGGAUCACCUUAGGUUUCACGUCCAUAAAGGGCUUAGCUUUAUGGCGUAUCAUAAGAUCUCAAAACAUGUUGGCGUAAGGUCGCUCAGGGAGUGGCCUCUCUAGAAUAUAGAAGGAGAAAAGGACCCUGCUACUCAAUGUCAACAAAGAGGAUUGUUUCCCUUUGGCUAUAGAUGCCGGUGAACCUGCCAUCCUUAAUGUUCAAACGGGCCAGCAGGAAUUUCUUGAAAUGUAAACAUGGUCCGAAGAUCUCCGUUCUGGAGUUAAGGAUGUUCCCUGAGUCGAGGGAGUCCUUUAGGAUCCUCACCCAUUCCGCUAUGCUUAAUUUACAGCGCUUGUUCCUGUUUAUGUAGGUAUCGCCAUAAAGCUAUGCCAUUUAUGGACGUGAAACCUAAGAGUAUUGGAUGACAUUUGGCGUAAAAGAAUUUUUACUUCAGCUGCAUCAUCAAUAUUUAUCAUCUUUGAAAGACCAAAGAAUAUUAAACAGAGUGGAAAAUAAGGCUGUGAGAAUUACAGUGAAAUAUUUUGUCUGUGAGACAUUAUUAGUAACAUUUUUCUACUUGACUGUGAAGAAUUUGAACAAGAGAAUUUUAUUUUCCUUAGACUUGAACAGAUUUACAAAGUAGUUCUCAAUAUCUUCAAAUAGUAAUGAAGGUCGCAAUUGAUGGAAAUAUAAUAGUAAAAAUAUUUGAUAGAAAUAAAGUAAAAAUAUGAAAAGGUGUAUUUUGUAAUAAAAGAAGGAAAAUAUGGAAAAUGAAUGAUGUGACAACUAAGAUAACUGUAAAAGUCACUCAAAGAAGGAUUGAUUUUCCUGAGGAGAUGCAGAAAGAGAUAAGGAAAACAUCAUAUCACUGUGAUAUCUGUAAAAAGUCAUUCUCCCAAAAAAGUAACCUUACAACUCAUAAACGUAUCCAUACAGGAGAGAAACCAUAUCACUGUGAUAUCUGUGGUCAGUCAUUUUCUAGAGGAAGUGUCUUAGAUAUUCACAAACGCAUUCAUACAGGAGUGAAACCAUUUCACUGUGAUGACUGUGAUAUAUCAUUCUCUCAGAAAAGUCACUUAACUAUUCACAGACGUGUUCAUACGGGAGAGAAACCAUACCACUGUGAUAACUGUGGUAAAUCAUUCUCUCAAAGAAGUCACUUCACUAUUCACAAACGUAUUCAUACAGGAGAGAAACCAUAUCACUGUGAUAUCUGUGGUAAAUCUUUCUCUGAUGGGAGUGCCUUAACUAGUCAUAAGCGUAUUCAUACAGGAGAGAAACCAUAUCAUUGUGAUAUCUGUGGUAAAUCAUUCUCUAAGUCUGGUAACUUAACUACUCACAUAUAUGUUCAUACAGGAAUGAAACCAUAUAAAUGAACUCUGGUAAAUGAUUCUAUCAAAAACUGUCACUUCAUUAAACAUGUAUGGGUUCAUGCAGAAGAAUAGGUAUAUUUUAUGAAAGAAAUAUCUUAUAUAGUAAUAUAUAUAUUCACACAUAACAAAAAAUAUAAAAGUGUGAUAACACAUGCACCAUGUUUUACAUGACCCCAACUAUAUCUUGACUGGUUACAUAAUUUACUACUGUGAUAUUUAAAUGAAAAUCUUUUAAAAUACUCAUAUAUUCCAUCUAACAUUUCUGAAAGGGAGAAAUUGUAAAAUUUAUCUAUUUAACCUUGAAGGUAAAUAACUGAAAUGUAUUUUGUAGAUGGAAAACAACACUGUAUUGGUUUUAUGUUACAAAUAGGUACACAAACAGUAAAAGGAAAUAUUUCAUCAUACCAUAAUUGGAUAUACAUAUAAUAUUUAGGUUUUAUAGUCAUGUUUUCAUGUUUGUAUGUAAUAUCUGUUAUGUAUGUAUCAAGUUAGAGAAUGAUUCAGUUGUUAUAUAAUUUUAUGAUUUCUUUUAGCCAUAGCCUGAUUCUGUUAUGACUUAGUUAUACUGAAUAUUUUACUUCCAAAUAUCCAUGUAACUGUAACUUUAAUACAAAUGGUAUAAUUUGUGAAUCUUCACCAUCCACAUCAAUGUUUCAAUGCUCAUUCCAUAUGAUUCUGUAACAUAGACAUGUCUGACAUAUAGGACAACAUCACUUUUUUUUAAUCUUCUGUCAUUUUAAACCUGGGUGUCAGAAUCGUGAGUUCUGGCCUCAUCACUCUCUGUAAAUUAGCCAGAAAUUUAAAUAAAGUUUAAUCUACUUCA